CCGCAAACCAGGCUCCCGACGGCCCCCGCCAGCCCGGUCCAGCGCGCUAGAGCCGGAGCGGGGUCCGGGGGGUGUGUGUGUGUGUGCCGGGGGGGGCGCCCGAAGAUGUGACCAUGGGAGGCGUGGCGGGGAGAUGCGCUGGGCAGCCAGGCUGGUGCCACCCUGCCCAUGGGAGCCGUGAGGGUCUCCAGAUGAGACGGGGGAGUCUCCGUGCCUGGCCCUAGAAGAGCCCAGGAAGCGCCAGAGAUCGGGAGCUGUGGGCUGAGCCGUGGGAGCCCCGCGUCACCCCCGAGGAACCUGGACGGUGGGCUGGUCCUUAGCCUUGGGCAGAGCCCACGCUCCUCCCUCACCUCGGGGAACGCUCAGGUGUAACGUACCUGCCUGCGCAAAUCGGUGUCACGCCCCGGCGGCCCGUUCUGAGCACGGUGCAGACAUCAACAGCGCUGCUCCUGGAAGGGAGGCAACUCCCUCGGCUUUCCGAAGCGGGGAAAAGAGGCAGCGACCGGAGCAAGGCAGAGCUCAGGCGGUCCCCAGAGCCACGCUGCACCCAGCUGGAACCUGCUCCCCUCAGCACAGCAGCAUCUCCCAGGUGUGGCUCGACCUGGACCUCUGGGCAGAGUUUGUGCAGCGGUGACAGCGCCUCUGACUGGCUCCAGCCGCGGGGAUUGAACCCACGGACUUUGUAGCUGGCCCCUUCCUGUUUGUUGCUCUCAUCCGGUGCUGGGUAAACAGAGUUGCUUCUCCCUCGGUCUGAAGCUGUCUGGCGACCCCCCAGGACGGUGCUUCAAGGCGCUUUUGGGAAGGAAGCGGCUCCUCCUCCCACCGCUCCCGAAAGGGCCUGGAUCCAGGACGUCCCAGGAUGCGUCUGGUGCAGAAGUCCCUGUGUUUGCUGCUGGUGGUCACGGCAUCCCUAGCCCUGCUCUACCUGCACGUCUGGUUGCCCAAGUCCUACAGCACAGUCGACCUGCGCAACCGGCCAGACCAAGCCCCCGAGCAGCUGCUGGGCGAGCCCUUGCUGGGCCCCUCCAACAAGUUCGCCCACAUCCCCUUCCGGCUCAAGGAGGAGAUCGUCGAGCUGCUGCCCAGGAACUCCUGCUUGUGCGAGGUGGCGCCCGGCGGGAAGCUGCCCUUCCCCAAACAGCUCUUCAGCCACCUCUACUCGCUGGAGUUCGCCUCCGCCCUCGGCCCCGCGGAGCUGGCGCGGCUCCGCAGCAGCCGGGAACAGGAGUACCAGAGCUACCGGCAGCGGACCCAGUCUCCAGCUGACCAGCUGCUGAUCGUCAGAGCCAACUCCCCGCUGGAGUACCCUGCCCAGGGCGUGGAGGUGCGCCCGCUCCGGACUAUCCUCAUCCCCGGGCUCAGCUUGCAGGCAGCCAGCAGUAAACUGUACAAGGUGACCCUGACGGCCACCCUGGGCACCCUCGACGUGGCGGCGGUGGUGGAGGGGGUGAAGGCGCAGGGCGAGGGGGAGACGUGUCUCUCGCUGUCAGCCACCCAGCUGGACAACCUCAACCGCCAGCUGCAGUUCGUCACCUACACCAACACGCUUUUCCACCCCAACACCGCGGACACAGUGCAGUUUGCCACCGAUGGGCACCAGGCGUCUUUCACCAUCCGAAUCCGCCAUGCGCCCACGCCCAAGCUCUAUAACCCAGGUACCCCGGGCGAUGGCGGAGCAGAUUACAACAUCAGCGCCCUGGUCACCAUUGCGACCAAGACCUUCCUGCGGUACGACAAGCUCCGGGUGCUGAUCGCCAGCAUCCGCCGCUUCUACCCCACGGUGACCAUCAUCAUCGCGGACGACAGCCAGCACCCCGAGGCCGUGGGGGGCCCCCACAUAGAGCAGUACUUCAUGCCCUUCGGCAAGGGCUGGUUCGCAGGGCGCAAUCUGGCCAUUUCCCAGGUCACCACCAAGUACGUGCUGUGGGUGGACGAUGACUUCAUCUUCACGCCCCGAACCCGGGUGGAGAAGCUGGUGGACGUGCUGGAGAAAACCAGCCUGGACUUGGUGGGGGGCGGAGUGCGGGAGAUCACGGGGGUCACCACCACCUACCGGCAGAAGAUCAGCGUGCAGGCGGGGGGCGAGGAGGGCGACUGCCUGCAGACGCGCCAGGGCUACCACCACCUCCUCGAGGGCUUCCCCGGCUGCGUGGUCACCGACGGCGUUGUCAACUUCUUCCUGGCCCGCACGGCCAAGGUGCUGGAGGUGGGGUUUGACCCCCGGCUCAGCCGCGUCGCCCACCUCGAGUUCUUCAUCGACGGGCUGGGCGUGCUGCACGUGGGCUCGUGCGCCGACGUGGUGGUGGAUCACGCCUCCAAGCUCAAGCUGCCCUGGCAGAAGUCGGAGAGCGAGAAGCAGUACGCCAAGUUCCGCUACCCCACCUCGGGCGACAGCAGCGUCAGCGUCAAACACAGCCUCUUCUACUUCAAAAACCGCUUCAAGUGUAUGACGAGCAACUAGCCCCACCGGGCUACCGGCCCCGCCCUGCCAGCGAGCCGGACCCCAGGGAGAGCCCCAUUCCCCCCCGCCCCAUGGAGCUGGGGCUUUUUAUCCUUGUACCAGGCCAGGGAGGUGACCCCUGCUACCCCAGCUCUCCGGUGCCUCCAGACCCAGCGCCAUCCCUAUGCCCUGCUGUGUCCAUGGGGGGCGGAAGGCUCCCCCACUUUCCCAGCAGGCCCUAGGGGAAGCCAGAGUCACACAGUGGGAUACUGGGAAAUCCACAGGAUGGGGGGUGAGGGCUGGCUGGGAAGAGCUUACAGCAUCCCAGUGGCCAAACCCCCACCUUCCCCAGGAGAUGCUGUUUUAUACUACAGACCUGCCCCCAUUCACUGCCAGAUUUCUCCAACGCCCCCCGCAGGAGAGAACCGGCACAGCCCCCGCCCCUCCCAGCUGCCCCAGGACAAGCACCAGGGCCCCAUUUUAUUUUGGGCCAAGUGGUUAUAGCCAGUCCACCCCCAUUGCCAUCCCUGGGAGAUUGCCAACGUCAAGUGCCAAAGACUGCAGGGGUGGGGGGGCAGCCCCUUGAGCAAGGGGAAGGGCUGACACCCAUGGCUGGGUUGGGGGCACGGCCAUGGGGGGGGGGACUAGUCAUUCCCAGUGUCGGCCGGUGGCUGAGAUCUCUUUUGGAGCGUGGGGACUCUUUUUACCCAGAAUCCAAGAGCGUGGGCACAAGGCGAAGGGCCAGCCCCACACUGCUCAGAGAAGGCCCCAUGACCAGAGCGUUGGACGAGGCCGAGGGUUCUGGCUUCUAAUCUAGGAUACGGGGGGGCAGGAGCUGGCUGGUCGCUGUGGGAACUGGAGGCAGAACGCUGGGACCGUUUGUGUCACGCACGCGUGUGUUUAAUGUGAGCGACCGAGGAGCCGGGCACUGCCAGGCUGCACUACAGGAGACCCAGGGCUGGCAGAUGGCAUGCUUGAGCUGCCAUCCCCAGCUGCUGUUUUCUACAGGGAGAGAGAGGUGAGGUUUUAAGGGGAAAAGAUGUUUUUUAUUUAAAAAAAAAUCCAUAGGCAAGUAUUCUCUGUGCCCUAAAGGUUAUCCAUGUCCCGCCCCCUCUGUCCCGAGUCCUACAGUCAUCGUUUAGCAGAACCAGAGAAAAACUUUGUACGUUUUGGUUUGUUUUUUAAAAACGUUGGCCUCCGAACCAGUGGGGCAGUAA